CCCCCGACCACGAUGGCCAUCGAGCGCGACCCGUUCACCACCCCGCCGCGCAAGCGCGAGCGCCGGCCCUCCGCCGCGUCCACCGACUCUGGGCCGCUUCGCAAGUCGGCGAAGCUCGUGCACAACGCCGUGGGCGGCAUGUCCCGACUCUUUUCGCGCCGAGCCGCCGCCAGAGGCAGGCGCUCGGACGCCGCAGAGCGCGAGCCGCUCAACAGAGCCCAGCAGAGCCCCGUCCAGCUCGACGACGACGCGGACAUGCAGAGCCCGCCCGACUCGAGCCCGUCUUCGCUUGCGAUCAGUACUAAUAGCCCCCGGCGCCACUCAAUGGAGGACCUUCACUCGAGCCCGACGCACGUCAGGCUGGUCACUCCGCGCCGCGCGAGCCUCGAGAACUUGCCCAGCCUCGAGAACAUGCCCGGCUACGAGGGCACGCCCGGCCAUGCGAGCUCUAGGUACUCUCCGGUCACUACCCCUGCGCGGCCCACGCGCGCGACGCCGGAUAGUUCCCCGCUCGCGCCGGAGCUCACGAACAGCGCGAAGAAGCGGAGGUCGCAGGCGAAGGUGGUGCGGCGCCUUGGAGAGGCCAAAGCAGCCGACCAUGUCCGUACCGAGAUGCGGAAGGCCAGGGCCUCGUGGGAUCCGGACACUCUGCCGCCCUUUAGCUUCAAGGGUCUGUGAGAUGGAGGAAUGGACCCGACGCGUUGCGCUGGACGCAGCUCGUCGCACGAACGAACAAUGGACUACCCUUUCAGGAUACUUCACCUACGCGGAACUCUUCACUUACACUCUUCCAACCUUGUACUUUCCUUGUAUUUACGACCUGCGCUGGCGCGCUGUACUUUGAAAUUAUUUCCUUAUCCAUCGGAAUCU